UUUUGAAUGCACGGCCAGCACGCUGCUGCAUUUUAUAUAUUCUGUGAGCGAAAUACAAAACAGGCAUCCAAACAGCACACACACUUUCUAAUCUGCCCCUCCACCUGGAUUGACUGCUGUUACGUCAGAACGAGGUAGGAGCACAGCUUUCAAGAGUCGCACGCUCGGUGCGUGUCUGGAGAAAAGGUUCAUUAGACCCUGAGAGCAGCGAGUGAGUGCUUCGAGGAGACGAUGCCGUGACUCGAGAGGCGUGCGUGCGCGUGCUGUGAGUGAGUGAGACGACACAAAACUCGACCGAGGCACCGCACAUGGCAGCCGUGGACGCAGCCGAGCUCGUCCCGUUGUCCGUGCUGGACGUCGGCGGGACGCUUUCCAACGGCGCCGCUUUUGGGGAGAAAUCGCCGCGCGAAACCACUGCCGCCGCCGCUGACCCCACCAGGACGCUGCUGAUACCGGGUGGAUCCUCGACUCCGAUUGUGGCCCCAAAACGCGUGCAGCCAUCGAGGCCAUUCAAUGGCAGGAAUUUGUACAGGGAUCCGACCAGGAGACACCACUCACCUCGAAGGCAAAUCUCGCAGGUCUCAAGGAGCCUCUCCGUUGAGGAGACGAACAAAUCUUGUUGUAGUUUUUCAAGAUGUUUCAUCGAGCUGUUGUGGUUUCUAAUGGGACUGCGACACUUCAUCGCGGAGGUGCCAUUGUUAGUGCUGUUAGUCAUCUCGCCGAACGCCCUGGGACCUCUUUUUUACAUUGGUCUUGUGUUCACCUUUCUGCCGGGCCUCGUGGCAACAAUCUCCAACAUAAGAAGCGGCAGGAAGUCCAAGAAGGGAAAGACCAAAUGGAGUUUUCUUGUGAUGCAGAGCUUCUUCCUUCUGUUCCGCUUGGAAUCUUUUUUAAGACUGUUUGAGUUGGUGUGCCGAGGUUUGCGCACCAAAGGUCAUCGUCCGUGGCCUGCAAAGGUGGCAAUGGCGCAGGCGGUUUCAGGAUCAGUGCUGCAGUUGAUCCUGAACGCUGCAGAUCUUGGUUGGUGCGCCAGAUCAGGCCAAGUUCUGCCCUCCACGCUGCCGCCCAAUGUGGUCCAGUUUCUCGGCAUGCAGAGGCAGUAUCCGGCAUCUGAAGUGCAUCCGCUAAAACACUGUGCUCCAAUUUUGAGCGGUUUUCAAAUGGGAGUGCUGGUGGUGUCAGCGAUACACGUCGGCUGGGCGAUAGCCGUGACCUCGAUGCCGCCCCCGUUCCCCUCAGGAAAAAGGGCUUCUGUCAUCACAGCCUCGAUUUGGUCGCUUUUGCGGUCAACCAGUCUUGUCACGGGCACCAUCGGAAACUUCCUCAUCGCAGGCGCGAGAGCAACCCUGGUGUUCCUGGCGGUGGGUGCUGGAUGCCCACCGUGGGUGGUGCCGGUGGUGAUGGGCGCCUGGCUGGCCAUAAGACUGACCGUGCAACUUGGCAUGCACGCGUGGGGCUCGGCGCCGAUGCCCAGCGUGGCCGAGGCGCUGGCCUCGACGGUGGCGGUGCCUGGCGCCGCGACUCCGCGCCAACUGGGCCGGCGGUGCCUGCUGCUGGGCGUGCAGAACGUCCUCGUGCUCACAUCUGUGGUGCUCAAAGAGAGACACAAGUCCGACGUGCUCUUCGCCACCUACAGAGUGGCGGUGCUGCAGGUGGUCGCGUUCGUCGCGGGAAUCGUGUUCCUGCUCGUGCGGAUGCGCUGGGUGGACCCAACCAAGCCGCUCGCUGAGGGCAAGUGCUUCCACCACAGAACUGAUUUGAACGACGAUGCGUGACCGCCAAUUUAUUUUCGUUCAAAGUUGUUAACAAGUUCAAAUUGUUGUUGUGCAGCUGUAUUAAAUUAUUAAAAUUUUAUGCGCCCAA